ACUGCAUUUAUGAGUUAUUCAAAAAGCUUAUGAUGCCCAAACUUGCUGUUUAGGUAGGCAGCUUACUUGGUUUUGAGACACAGCUAGUGUGUGUGUGUGUGUAUGGGGGAAGUAUAGUCAGAGCGUAACAGACUACGCAGAUGUGAAAGCUCAGCGUGAUAGAGUGUGAUCUCUGAGUGACUGAACAUGGGGCAUAUUUGGAUAUCCAAGAGAAUUUACAGCACAAGCAAUAAUAUCCAUCAUAUUGGAUUAUCGUUUAAUCCCUCACCUUCCGCGCUUCGCUCCAGAACCGACUCAUAACCGUGUGAGACCCCCUCACGGGUAGUGUGAAGUUAAAUGAAUCUUUGUCAUUCAGAGUAAAACAGAGAAAAGGAGCCAUGAUUUCUGCCAGACGCGCUUGCAUCUGCUGCUCAAGCUAAACUAAGCCCGACCGUGGAUAUUCUACUUCUCUUUAAAUGCCUUGGGUUUUGCUUAAUUUUUCAGCAGGAAUGAAGUGUGAUUUGGCGACUGUUUGUGCUGGAUAGUUGUAUGAAAACAGCAUAUUAAAUCAAUGUUACGCGUUAGUUGUUGACUCGCGCUAAGCUCGUAGCUAGCGUUAGCCGCCGCUGUGUUGCUCUAUCUGGACAACUGCUGCUCGCUUUUAUAUAUUAUAAUUUGUUUUAGGAUAACAAAUAUUUAUUCAUGUUGGCCAUAUUUGUAUAAUUGGGUAGACAGUUCCUAGAUAAAAGUGAGUUUAUAUAAAUUCGUUGUUGACAGUUUGGAAGGCGCGUGCUAACAAUUUAGUAGCUUAUUGCUUUUCUGUUGUAGCAAUAAUUUGCCAUGAUAAAAUAGAUGUUUUCGGGAUAUUUCUGGUAAAAGUUUUUUUUGUUUGUGUGGAAAUUUUACGUGUCUUAACUUUCAUUAUUUUUCUGGGAGUAUGAUUUGAGCGCGUGUGAAGAAAUGUAAACAACCGAGCUGUUCAGUUUGCUAGGCACCACAAAGUGUUUAUACACUGGGUGAUAUUUAAGGUCAGGAGAGUGGAUAAGGGUGGGAAUUUUAAAGUUGAUAACCUUUAAACGACACAAGGUUGCAUUUUUGAACCUGGACUGGAAGGGUGGGAGAUGGUUUGAAUGGGUCUGUCUUCUGAUUUGGCCUAAUACCCAUUAAAAGUGAGCAAUCAUGGGCACUCAGGGCAGCCCUGUGAAGAGCUAUGACUACCUUCUCAAGUUUCUUCUGGUGGGAGACAGUGAUGUGGGGAAAGGAGAGAUCCUGGACAGCCUUCAAGAUGGAUCUGCUGAGUCUCCAUAUGCCUACAGCAGCGGAAUCGACUACAAGACCACCACUAUCCUAUUGGAUGGGCGAAGAGUAAAACUAGAGCUUUGGGACACAUCAGGACAAGGCAGAUUCUGCACCAUUUUCAGAUCAUACUCCAGGGGGGCUCAGGGGAUCCUGUUGGUGUAUGACAUUACCAACCGUUGGUCAUUUGAUGGGAUAGACCGUUGGAUCAGGGAGAUUGAUGAGCAUGCACCCGGAGUACCUCGUAUUCUUGUGGGUAACCGGCUGCACCUGGCAUUCAAACGGCAGGUGCCCACAGAACAGGCGCGUGCGUACGCAGAGAAGAACGGCAUGACGUUUUUCGAAGUGAGUCCUCUCUGCAACUUCAACGUCAUUGAAUCAUUUACGGAACUCUCACGCAUUGUGCUGAUGAGGCACGGUAUGGAGAAGUUCUGGAGGCCCAAUAGAGUAUUCAGUCUACAGGACUUGUGUUGCCGUGCCAUUGUAUCCUGCACCCCUGUGCACCUCAUUGAUAAGCUGCCACUUCCUGUGGCCAUCAAAAGCCAUCUGAAGUCCUUUUCAAUGGCGAACGGCAUGAACGCCGUCAUGAUGCAUGGCCGGUCCUACUCGCUGGCCAACGCCGCUGGAGGCAGCAAAGGCAACAGCCUCAAACGUUCAAAAUCCAUUCGGCCGCCUCAGAGCCCUCCCCAGAACUGCACCAGGAACAACUGUAAGAUCUCCUAGCCU